CAACUAUGUCGCCUAGAACGCCGCCGGUUGGGUUGCCCGCGAUGUUCUUUGUUUCGCUGGGGAAGUUCUGCCUCAACAGGGAAAGGACAAUUACAAUAAUAAUGCCACAGCACAGCAAGAGAUGUCGCUCUCAAGUAAAGUAGCAUACGCAGUACAGUAACUAGUAAAAUACCCACUCGCACGUCAUCAUGAUGUCUUGGAUAUGCGGGUGGUAGUACUGUACAUGUAGUUACUGUACGAUAUGUACGUGACUAGGGGAAUUUCUCACAACCUCCGCCCGGACUCUGUACCGGACUUGACUCUGUACAUGGACUGUACAUACAUACAAGUGAUGAAUGAGAGAAGCCACCAAGUAACUAUACCUACAUCCAUUUGCGUCGCAAUUGUGCGGAAUACCAUCCUCUGUUCUGUCAACAAUACUGCUGUUAGAUUAGAUGAGAGAAAAUCUUAUAUUAAAAGGGAAUAUAUGAUGCAUAGGGAGUGAAAAUAAACAGGGGAGGGAUGUAUGUACAUGUACUUCUAGGGUCCUCUGCCCUGUUUUCUAGCUACUUUAUUUGCCCGGGGGACGGGGGGAUUUAAAACAUCUAGAGUGGGAAAGUGACUAUAUGGGGAUCAGGUGGAUGCAACGCUCAGGCGAAAAACGGGAAACUCAAUCCCCAGUGAAGGCAAAAGAAGAUACGAAAAGAGAUCGGACUAUAAAUAAAUCCAGGAGUACCUGCUGCGGGAUGUGUCCAGUCAGAUUCGGUCCCUAGUUUUGUCACGAUCUUCGCCUUGUUCCCGGAUUCGGAGAAGGUAAAAAAGGACGCCUACAACAUCCGAGCUAAGACCAAAAGAGAUACAUACCAUCAAUCCCCCAUCCUAUAUCUAUAGUCCUUUCCAAGGCUCCCAUUUUUUCAUUUUAAACUUUGAGAAAUAAAAUAUACUUUACGACCUGUGAUACCUGACUCAUCGUUAUCGUCCCAUACAUCAUUUAUAGAUAUAGAUAUAUCCUACAUCUCUCCUAUCCAUCUGCUAGAAAAGCUCGUAUUUUGCAACGAGCAAACCGAGCAAAUCAACCACAUACCUACCUAUCCUCAAGAUGGGAAGCUACGGGGAACCAAUCCAUGAAGAAUUCCACUCCAGGUCUAGGGUAUUGGACCCAAAAUCACAACCAAAGCCAUGGAGGGAAACACCCCUGAUUGAAUCCGAGCCACUGUCAAAGCUGGCAGGAUGCCGCAUAUUCCUCAAGCUCGAAAACAUGCAGCCAGGCGGUUCCUUCAAAUCACGCGCAAUGGGCAACCUAAUCCUCCAUCACCUCUCGCGCCCCGCCAACCAGAACAAAAACCUCCACUUCUUCAUCCCCUCCGGCGGAAACGCGGGCAUCGCCGCGGUCACCGCCGCCCGCGCCCUCGGGUAUCCUUGCACAGUCGUCGUCCCCGUCUACACUAAGCAAAUGAUGCUGCAGCGCCUGCAGGCCGCGGGCGCCAUUACCGUACCGCACGGCGAUACCAUCGACGCCGCCGCGACGUACAUGCGCAAUGUGCUCAUGGGCCAGAUGCGCGGUGCUAUCGGCGAUGACGGGCGCGAGGUUGUGGCGGUUGAGUUGCAUCCGUUUGACCAUGAGGCGGCGUGGGAGGGGGUGAGUUCGCUGGUGGAGGAGUUGGCGGCGCAGAUGCCGCCGGAGGACGACGGGGAUGCGGUGGGCGGCGGCGGACGGCCCUUCCCCGUCGACGGGAUUGUAUGCAGUGUUGGUGGGGGCGGGUUGAUGAAUGGCAUCAUGCUGGGGAUUGAGCGGGAGUUGCGCCGGGCGGAGGAUCGCGGCGUUGUCGAUCCCAGUCGUGGGAAGGACGUGCAUAUCCUCGCGCUGGAGACGAGGGGGGCUGAGUCCCUUGCGAAAGCGGUCGAGAAGCGCUCGCUCGUUACCUUGCCGGCUGUUUCCUCCCAGGCCACGUCGCUGGCGGCUAUCCAGGUUGCGGAGCGAACGUUAAAGAAUGUCCUGUACCCGCCUGAGGGGAUGAAAGCGCACAGCUUUGUUAUGGAUGAUGCGGACGCGGCGAGAGGGGUUUUGAGACUUGUUGAUGAGCAUCGUUUGCUGGUUGAGCUGGCUUGUGGGUUGUGUGUGGAGGGCAUUGUGCCGGUUGCGACAAAUCAGGGGGUGAAUGGUCAUGCCAAUGGAGGACCUGUGGGUGGUGGUGCUCUAUCAUCUAAACUCGCGCAGGUUAUUCCGGGAUUCGGGCCUGAGAGCCGUGUCGUUGUCAUUGUUUGCGGGGGAAGUAAUAUUACCGUUGAGGUGGCCGCAGAAUAUAGGGAGCGGCUGAAUAAUGGAUGGGGGUCGGGGAGUGGGUGAAUUAACUUUUUUUCCCCGUCUCUUUUCUUUUGCUUUUUUGAAUGUAAAGGUCUUAGCACUGGGAACUAGGCAUCAGGGAGUAUAAACGGCGUAUCUGUUUUGCUUUGGCUUUACGUUUUAGUUCAGAGAAGCAAAUCGAGUGCCACUCUUUUGGGCAGAGAGCCCCCAGGAUAGAAUACAGAAAUGUUGCAAAUAACCCAGGCCUCGGCCCAAUGUGAAUGAGCCAGUUUAUUUAAUUUGAUUUUUCAUAUCUCCCUGUCAUAAUAUGUCAUUUUGUUCGCAUACCUGAGUUGCAAUGUAGUGGGAUCGCUUAUUGACAACAGUCGUUAUCGAAAACAAACCUAGCUUCCCUGGACACAUCCAGAUGUAUGUCAAAUAUCCGAAGGCUGCAUCCUACAACAGAGUCAUCUCAAGCGACUGCCACAGACUCCCCAUCCAGCAUGCGAAUGCGAUAAUCCCAAUAAUUCUUGCGGAUCGGGUCAUACUUAUCCUUCAAUAGUGUAAGCAUCCUAACCGCUUCGGCCUUCCUCGCCUUCUCUUCCUCCGCGUCCUUUUCUUCCGCUUCCUCGACAUAUACAUCCGCCAACCACUCCACAGCUAAACUGCUCUUAACCUGACACUUAACAACAGACCCCUCGCUAUCUACCUCUUCCAAAAUAAACUUCGCCGCAAACCCCUUAAGCUCCGCUAACGGCCUACCAGCAGCCCGCAACACUCCACGUGCAUAGGCCCAGGGGCUCUUGUUUUCUGGCGCAAGAAGGAUUUUGUCCUUGGCAUACUCGAGUUCAGCGUCGAUGAGCUCUUCAUCCACCACGUCGAGGCUUCCCUUGGGGCCGUGCUUGUCGACGACACCUACUGGCAUGCCGCUAUCGACGUCGCCCCGCGGACCGAAUUUUAGGGUCCACCGGUGGUUCCAAGCAGAGUUGUUGCGAACGUCUUGGUCGAUCAGUGUUUCGACGUCCGCAAGUUCCUGCGGGUGGUCCCAGAGUUUGAAGUGGCGGACAAGCCAGUGGCGGUAUGUCCAGACAUGGUAGUUUUUAGAGUCCAAGGCGAACACCUGCAUGAGGAAUUGCUGUUCGGUACCUGGGAGCGUCGGAAAUGCUUCCAAGUUGGACAUGAUAAGUUGGCGGUGGUGCCUGGUAUUGCAUAUUAGCAGGCUUAUCAAAGCAGGGGACAGUGAGAAUAUUAUUUGAUUGCUCCCGCUUACCAUAUUUGAUAAUUCUUUAAACACUGUAAUGCGAGUUUAUUAACCCACUCAAUCUCCUCAUUGAGAUCCUUCUUCAACGCCACGAGAAUCUGAGCUCUAUAUAACCUGGACCAUGAAGAAAGGGGGAGAGGAGAGAUCCCCAUUCCUGUCAGCAACAGCCCGACCCAAAUCAAAAUCGGAAACACCCCAGUUUCACAACAUAGACAUAGAUGACAUAAUAUAAUACUCACCAGACGGUAUAAUGCGCCGGAUUCAUCAAAAUCACAUCCCCCGUCAACUCCAGCGCCCGCUCGGACAUCUCAUUUGCCGCCAUAACCGCCCUCAGGUACGAGGUUGCCUCUUCGUACUCGGGCGCGUAGGCAAUUGUGGCGAGCGGGUACGUCCCAUUCCCACUCACGCCUUUUCCUUGCCGCUCUGGGUCAUUAUUGUCAUAGUAAGUUGACCCAUCGUCGAGCGGGAUCGGGGUUAUAGAAGCCCAGGUUGGGGUGGAAUAUUUGCUCAUUUUGCGCGCUGUUUGGUGGUCUUGCUUCGCGAGAUGCAAGGACUUAUAUAUGUUGUUUGAUUGGAUUUGAUGGAUAAACUAGAGAGUAAGAAUUGGAAGGUCGUAGAGGAAUAAGUCAAAUGGGAGGAGAGUUGAUAGAUGAAUUGAGCCUCACAGUCUCCUUUGCGCAGAACAAUGGAAGAACUUCAAACCACGCUGAUAGCCCCGCACGACCUGGAGGAGUACUGGUAUCUCAUGUGGGAGUUUUGAAUCCGGCAAACCGAAGCUGUUAUAUAUGGUAUUUCAAAACAGCAGCAAAGCGUGUUGGUCCACGAUUGUGCUCCUCCAGUCUCCAGAUAUCUUGAUGGCAGACAAAAGCAGGUAGUCAGUCUUCUGAGCUUUAUCAGAGUUUCAGCCUCAAAAUUAAUGAAGAAUGGAAAAGAAAAGGUGACUUUUCCAAACACUCAGUAUUGUAGGACAAGAACAAUAGAAUAGAAUAGAGGUGCUUGUAUCUGGAGCCUUGUCCAGUAAUGAGAUCAAUAGACAAUGCACAACAAUCGAAAGCUUGAUAUUCACGUCG